AACAAUUCCCAAACACCGGGUGUUUCUUUCCUGCAGGUUGAAGCUACGCCACGAUUUUGUCUUAAGGGUGUGAUAACAUUGUUAAUGGCAAUCACAAAGUCCAACUUCAUCGUUUUAGCGGGUUAAUUAGUGUGUUGUGAUUAUCAACUAAUUAAAUUCACUACCAUUUUAAAUCCCAGUUUUUCAGAUAAUUCCAGGUCCACUUUGAUAACGAAAUCAUCCCAUAAAUCUCAUCAACUUCUGUCUUCUUCCAAUUAUAUUAAUUCCCAGGAAAUUAUAGGUGGGAAAAAUGGGUUUAAUUUCGGGUAUGAUGUUGGGUGUAAUAGUUGGGAUCGGAUUGAUGGCUGGUUGGCAUCGGAUGAUGCAGCAUCGAAGCAAUAAACGAAUUGCCAAGGCAGCUGAUAUUAAGGUUCUUGCCUCCCUUGGCAGAGAAGAGUUGAAGAAAAUUUGUGGUGAAAGUUUUCCGGAGUGGAUAUCUUUUCCUGUUUUUGAGCAGGUGAAAUGGCUGAACAAGCAGCUGAACAAGUUGUGGCCGUAUAUAGCUGAUGCGGCAGAGCUGAUAAUAAGGGAGUCUGUUGAACCCCUUCUGGAACAAUAUCGUCCUCCUGGAAUUACUUCAAUGAAGUUCACUAAACUCACUCUUGGUACCGUUGCCCCUAAAAUAGAAGGUAUACGUGUCCAGAGCUUCCAGAAGAGUCAAAUAGUCAUGGAUAUUGACCUUCGAUGGGGUGGUGACCCCAACAUCAUUAUAGGUGUUGAAGCUGCACUUGUUGCUUCUAUUCCUAUUCAGUUCAAAGAUCUUCAAGUUUUUACGGUUGUCCGUGUUAUUUUCCAACUGGCAGAAGAGAUUCCCUGCAUAUCUGCUGUUGUUGUUGCGCUACUUUCAGAUCCAAAGCCUCGAAUUGAUUAUACUUUGAAAGCGGUUGGUGGGAGUCUAACAGCUCUACCUGGUAUUUCUGACAUGAUUGAUGAUACAGUGAACACAAUUGUAACAGAUACACUGCAAUGGCCUCACAGGAUUGUUGUUCCAAUUGGUGGUAUUCCAGUGGAUACAAGUGAAUUGGAGCUUAAACCCCAAGGCAAAUUGACCGUGACAGUUGUGAAAGCCAAUGAUUUGAAGAACAAGGAAUUAAUUGGAAAGUCAGAUCCCUAUACAGUUGUGCAUAUACGUCCACUUUUCAAGGUUAAGACAAAGGUUGUUGAAGACAAUCUCAAUCCAGUUUGGAAUGAAACUUUUGAAGUGAUUGCAGAGGACAAGGAAACACAAUCACUUAUCAUUGAGGUAUUUGACAAGGAUAUUGGGCAGGACAAGAAACUUGGCAUUACAAAAUUGCCUCUCUUUGAUCUGGAACCUGAUAGUCUUAAAGAAGUUGAACUAAGAUUGACACCGUCACUUGAUAUGACUAAGGUGAAAGAUAAGAAGGACAGAGGAACUAUUACACUCAAGGUGAUGUAUCAUCCAUUCAACAAAGAAGAGCAAUUAGCUGCCUUGGAAGCGGAGAAAAUGAUGGCUGAGGAGAAAAAGAAGAUGAAGGAAGCAGGUGUCAUUGGGAGCACUGUGGAUGCACUUGAUGGAGCCGCAUCGUUUGUUGGAUCCGGGAUCGGAAUGGUGGGAAGCGGUGUUGGAGCUGGUGUUGGAGCUGGCGUUGGUCUUGUUGGUUCAGGUUUCGGAGCUGUGGGAAGUGGCCUAAGCAAAGCUGGGAGAUUCAUGGGGAGGACAAUUACUGGGCAUUCUGCUAGCAGGAGGAGUGGUUCAACUACACCUUUGAGCCAGGAAAACGGUAGCAUGAAAUCCCAGUAGUUGUUUGCAGAUAGAAUCAGUAGUUUUCAGGUGAAUUUGACCAGAGUGUAUUUUAGCUUCUUUCUAAUUUUUUUGUAAUAGUUUUUUAAAAAUGUUAAUAGGAAUUUUUAGCAUUUGUUGCACAGAACUUUCUUCAACAUAUACUUUUUGUUUGUUUUUUUUCCACCGCCUGUUUGGGUGCAUGAAAAAUGAACAAUAAUAUGUAUAAUAUGAAAUGAUUCAAAGUUUUAACUUUUGGUGGACUUGAAUAUGGGCAUCUGAUUUUAGGCC